AUGUUGUACCUUCUGUUUCUGCUCCAGGGGCUUAUUGAGCUUCAGACGGACGACAAUUCUGAAAGACUACGUGUGGAAAUUACAAUUCCAGAGAAAAUACGGUCUACAUCAAGUGAAGGAGUUGAAACACACCUGUCCUACAACAUUGUAAUUGAAGGGAAAACAUACACUGUGAACCUAAUGCAAAAAGCUUUCUUACCUCAUAAUUUUAGAGUUUAUGGUUAUAAUGGCACAGGAAGUAUGAAACCUCUUGAACAACAGUUUCAGAAUUUAUGCUACUACCAAGGGUAUAUUGAAGGUUAUCCAAAUUCUAUGGUGAUCGUCAGCACAUGUACUGGACUCAGGGGCUUACUACAAUUUGAAAAUGUAAGUUAUGGAAUUGAGCCCUUGGAGCCUUCAGUUGGUUUUGAACAUGUGAUUUAUCAAGUAAAACAUAAGAAUGCAGGUGUUUCUUUAUACGCUGAGAAGGAUAUUGAGCCAAGAGAAAAGCCCUAUAAAAUACAAAGUGUGGAGCCACUUGCAGACUUCUCUCAGUAUAUAGAAGUGCAUGUUGUAAUUGAAAAAAAUUUGUAUAAUCAUAUGGGUUCUGAUACGACUGUUGUCACUCAAAAAAUUUUCCAGUUGAUUGGAUUAACCAAUGCUAUUUUUAAUUCAUUUAAUAUUACAAUAAUUCUAUCUUCAUUAGAGCUUUGGAUAGAUGAAAAUAAAAUCCCAGUAACUGGAGAUGCUAAUGAAUUAUUACAAAGGUUUUUAAAAUGGAAACGAUCUUAUCUUGUUUUGCGUCCACAUGAUGUGGCAUUUUUACUUGUUUACAGAGAAAAACCAAAUUAUGUUGGUGCAACCUUUCAAGGGAGGAUGUGUGAUAAGUAUCACGGAGGAGGUGUUGUCCUGCACCCCAGAAUCAUAAGUCUGGAAUCACUUGCAGUUAUUAUAGCGCAAUUACUGAGCCUUAGUAUGGGAAUAACUUACGAUGACAUUAACAAAUGCCACUGCCCAGGAGCUGUCUGCAUCAUGAACCCAGCAGCAGUUCAUUCCAGUGGUGUGAAGGUCUUUAGUAACUGCAGCAUGGAAGAAUUUGCGCACUUUAUUUCAAAGUCCAAGUCCCAAUGUCUUCAAAACCAGCCACGCUUAGAUCCAACAUACAAAGUUGCAGCUUGUGGUAAUGGAGAAGUUGAAGAAGGAGAAGAAUGUGACUGUGGGACUCAGGAGGCUUGUGCAGCUCUGCCAAACGCAUGCUGUAACCAUGAGACAUGUAGACUCAACCCUGGGUCAGUUUGUGCUACCGGACUGUGCUGUGACUCUUGUUCUUUUAUAGAAAAAGGACAAGUGUGCAGGUUGUCCUCUGAUGAAUGUGAUCUCUCUGAAUAUUGUAAUGGUACAUCUGCAGCAUGUCAAGAAGACGUUUAUGUUCAGGAUGGGCAUCCGUGUGCAGACAAUCAGUGGAUCUGUCUGAGUGGAAAAUGUAUGAGUGGGAUAAAACAAUGCACGGAUAUGUUUGGUGAAGAUUCAACUUUUGCUUCUCAGGACUGUUUCACUCAACUUAAUUCUAAGGCUGAUCCAUCCGGGGGCUGUGGCUCAAGUGCUUCAGGGUACACACAGUGUAAGCCUAAGGAUGUGCAGUGUGGAAAAUUAAUGUGUUCCCAUAAUACAGGAAAUAUACUUAGAAUUCCAAACGCCACUGUUUUGUAUAGCAACAUAAAUGGGCAAGUCUGUGUCACACUGGAUUAUCCCUAUGAUCACAAAGAAAGCGAAAAGAUGUGGGUAAGAGAUGGAACUGUCUGUGGUAUAAACAAGGUUUGCAAGAAUAAGGAAUGUGUAGAUUCUGCAUACUUGAAAUAUGACUGUACUGAAGAAAAAUGCCACAGUCAUGGUCUGUGUAAUAAUAAAAAGAACUGCCACUGUAACCCUACAUAUUUACCUCCACGUUGCCAACAUUCACAAGAGUCGUGGGAAGGUGGGAGUAUUGACAGUGGCAACUUUCCACCCACAGUACAAGGCGUUGGAUACGUUCCAGAGAAGCGCUAUAUAGAGAAUGCUUACCAUUCCAAACCUACAAGAUGGCCAUUUUUCUUAUUCAUUCCUUUUUUCAUUAUUCUCUGUGUUCUGAUUGCUACACUGGUAAAAGUUUACUUCCAAAGAAAAAAAUGGAAAACCGAGGACUACACAAGCGAUGAGCAACUGGAGAGCGAGAGUGAGCCCAAAGACUAG